AUGACAGACCAGGUUACCCGAGUCAUUGUCGCCUCGCGCAACAAUGUCAAGAUCUCAGCCGCAAAGGAGGCCUUUGCCGGCAUGUUUCCGUCUGCGGCAUUCUCCUUCACCGGUCUCAACGUGCCGUCUGGGGUUGCUGACCAGCCCAUGACGGAUGCAGAAACCCUGCAAGGCGCAAAAAACCGAGCUCUCAACGCCCGCGACGCAGAGCCCGAGGCAGAUUACUGGGUUGGCAUUGAGGGUGGCGUUGACGACAGCGGGGACGCCAUGGAGACGUUUGCCUGGGUUUCUACCAGUGCUGCAGCUGAGCGCAUGGGAAGGGGUCGAACCGCGGCGUUCUUCCAGCCAGAAGAGGUAGCAAGGCUGGUCCGCGGAGGCAUGGAACUGGGGCCGGCCGACGACCAGGUGUUUGGAAGUGAGAACUCAAGGCUGCAUUCCGGAUCAAUCGGGCUGCUGACGGGCGACUUGAUCAAUCGAACUGGAUAUUAUGUGCCGGCAGUGAUUGGGGCACUGAUACCAUUCAAAAACUCGACGCUGACGUUUAAAGAGUUUUGA